UGACUUGUACAACUGAAACGUAAUCCGUGUCAAACCAACUUAUCAUGAGUCUGUACUCUGUGAUCUUGGGUUAUGGGUCUGUAGGUACUCUGUGACCAAUAAUAAACGUAAACAACUAGUUUUACGGUUAACUUCAGAAACUAUAAGCAGUUGGUUACUGCAGUUUCCAGAUGGUCUCCAGUCAACAUCUCUGAGCCACAAAAUGAGGACUAGUGCAUCGCAAUUCGAUGCCCUAGUGAGCUUCAUGGAGCGUCACGGUGACCUAAAUAAGAUUGCCGAUGGGCCUCAGGGCAGGGUACGAGCUAUCCAGCUCUGGGAAGACCUAUGCAAUCUCUUGAAUUUGGACGUUGCAGGUGACUCAAAAAGCAUUGAUAAAUGGAAAAAGGUGUGGAGUGACUUUAAAAAUAACACAAAGCGGAAGUCUGCAAAGAUCCAAGCUGCUGGUGGAACAAGUGCUACAAAGCUGGCCCUGUCAGACCUGGAGAGUAGAGUGUUACGUCUUACAGGAACCUCUGGUAACUCCAGUAUGAUGGGUGCACAAGAUUCCGGUGUGGAGUAUGUAGUGCCAACUAACGAUUGGCCGGGCCAAAAUACAUUGUUGGUGGAAAAGAACUUAUCCUCCAAGUCCUCUACAUCUGAUGACGAUGUAAAACUCCAUAACUUGGAUCGCAACCUGCCCGGGGGCAGCGGGCAGUCCACGCCCAUCGCGUGGGAAAUGAGCGUGGACGGCGGCUCGCCCAUCGCGAGCCCGGGCCGCACGGGGCGCUCGCCGCGGCCGGGGCGCGUGUAUUGCCGCACGCAGCGGCGCGGGCCGGGCCGGCGCGCGCCGUCCCGCGCCGCGGACUCCGACCACCGCUUCCGCCAGAUGAUGCGCGUGUUCGCCUCCGAGCACCUGCGGCUGCGGCGCCGCGAGCUCGCGCAACAGGCUCAGUGGCAAAAUCUAUUCGGCAAGUUGGUGGAUGUGCUAAAUAAAUUUCUGAACAAAUAGGAUUAGCUCAUCUGCUUACUUGCUAAAUAGGUUUUGUCACCGAUACCUUGUUUGUUAACUCGCGCGCAAAACCGAUUUAGCAAGUUGGUUGAUGUGCUGAUUAAUUUUUAAGCAUAGUGUUAGCGCAUCCAUCAACUUGCUGAACGGAUUUUGUCAAGGUAUCUAUAUACCUUGCAGUUUCGUAACGUGCACGCGAAAUUGAUUUAGCAAGUUGGUGGAUGUGCUGGUUACUUUUUAUGCAUAGAAAGUUAGCGCAUCCAUAAACUUGCUGAACGGGUUUUAUCAUAGAUUCCUUGCCGUUUGAUAACGUGCGCGAGAAAUCUAUUUAGCAAGUUUGUGGAUUUGCUGAUUAACUUUUAAGCAUAAAGUGUAAGCGCAUCCAUCAACUUGCUGAAUGGGUUUUGUCGCAGGUACCUUGCCGCUUCAAAACGUGCAUAAUCGAUUUAGCAAGUUGGUGGAUGGGCUUAGUAAUUAUUUCAAGUAAAUAGAAUUAGAGCAUUUACACACUUCCUUAAAUGAUUUGCGACUGAUGCCUUACUUUUAAAAUAUGCAUGCAAAAUCUAUUAAGCAAGUAAACAAGCGAGGGAGCCAAGUAGUUAAUCUAAAUAAUGAAGAUGUGUGCGGUAUCAUUAAAAAAGUAAUGGUCAAUAAUUUCCUUUAAGAGAGGAGGACCAACUCUCACAUAGGCCAUGAGGAAUUAGAGCAUUGGCCCAACACGCUGCUACUAUGCGGUUUGGCGCGAUUCAAUGAUUAAUAUUACAUGUAAGUCAGAUUAAAUAGAAAACCGGUUCAAUUUAAUUCAAAUUGAAAUGACGAAAUUAUUUCGACUGGUCUUAGCCGCAAUUUGUGACAUAAAAUUUUCAUUUCUUGUGUCAAGAGCUGUCAAAAUAUAUGUCAGAAAAUGAAUUUGCUCACUUCACCUACCCACUGCCAUCGAGCGAGAUAUGAUGAUGACAGAAGCUGUAAAAGAAGCCGCAGCGCGCAGUUUGGAAGCCGUGCACUAAUUCAUAACUGCUAGAUGCACUGAGAUAAUUUACUAUGCAUCAGAGCUGUCAUAACAAUUCCCUGAGAAUUGAAGAGAUAAAGCUAUACUGAAUCUAUUGUGAGAAGGCUUCGAUAAAUAAUUAACUAGAUAUGCUGUCAACUGUCAAAUAUUGACCGUGAAAAGUAGGAUCUCACCCACGAUUUGGGAACCUAUUUUUGUUAGUUUGCUAGUGGGGGUGCCUAUUUCAGUGGGUGUUACAUCAGAAAAAGCAAUAAAGGUACUAAAUACUUCUCUUAGAUUUUGUAUGGAACUACAUCUUGUACAAUUAUGAUGAUGAGGUUUUGUCACUAAUCAAUUUAGUCACAAACAUUGAACAUAGAAAUAGUGAUCGUUUAUGUAUGAUACGAAUCAGUUAAGUCACAAAUUUUAAUCUAAUGUACACAUUUCUUAAAAAUGGCUCUUAGAAGUCUUCCGUAGUAAUUAUAAGUCUUUAGUAGUUCUUAUUAGUUAUUAAUUAAAACGUCUUAAAAUAAAUCUUAUAAUGAAGGGGACUGAUUACUUCAAUGAAGGGGACUUAAUGGAUUGCAAGUUUGAUAUUAUAUUAUGAAGGUGAGCUCAUUGUAUCCAAAGCCUAACACCGAGAGUACAGUGUUAGGCUUUGGGUCCAAUAUAAGUGAGUGGAAUAUAUAGACAUGUAAAGGCCAGAGAAUGAAUACUAGAGACUUCCAAUGAAAUAUGCCAAUACUGAAUUUGACCAGGGUGAUAAUUCAAUAAAAAAAAAUGUAUUUUUAUAAAACUUCUUGAGUGAUUCGUGCAGUACAUACCGAAAUAUUCUAUUACUCAGAGGUUUAUUUACUUGCUUAAUAAAAUUUUUCACCUGACCUUGUAGUUUUUAAGUAUUAAGUAGAUAAAAUGUAAUAUAUUGCUCCAACUAGUUUUAAGUUUAAUUGAAUAAAUGAAUACGUUUUUGAUACAUUUCACAGAGAGAAAUAAUUGAAAAUUGUUAGCUGAUUGUACUGUGGAUUUCUCAGAGUUUGUGUCCCUAGUGUAAAUUUCUAGUUUACUAUCUGUUAUAUAAAAUAAAAAUAAAGAUCCCGGCGCACCCUAUAAAAGGAUACAUAUACACUGAAGUUGUAUGUAAAAGGACACAAUAAUAGUAUUAUAAAGUGGAACUAGGCAUGAAGAAUAUAAUUGCAGUAUCGUAGUCUAAAUGGGAUUAUUCUUAACUUUUAAAGUGAUAUAAGCUCUCACCUACGAUUAUAUAACCAAUUUGCGUUAGUUUGUCAGAGAGUAAACCUUUGUGAGUCUGCUUUAGUAUCGAACUAUCAUUAAAAGGAAAUCUUUAUUUAAUAUAGGAAAUAUUUUUAAUAAGGACAUACUAUAAGUAAUAUUGAAUAUUUUUAAACACUAAACAAUUUAAAAAACUAUAGCUAAAACUAAAAACUAUUUUGUAUGGAACUGCAUAUCUAGUAUAUUAUUGAUCGACGGUUUUUGAUGUCCCUGCAAAAGACCUACGUCCAGCAGAGAACUUCCAUCUCAAUAAGACGAUGAUGGUAUUACACUAGGGGCACUGGUAGCUUUAGUUAGAGUUGACAAAUGUAAAAAUGAGAAUGUUAUAUUAUGAAUCAACAUAUUUUAAUUUUAAUUCUAGAAAAUUGUUUUAAAAUAGGAUAGAU